UUGUCUUCGGUCUCUUGGACGUUUGUGGCGGUGGCAGCGGGAUCGGGAAGCCGCGCCACCAUGGCGGUGCGACAGGCGCUGGGCCGAGGCCUGCAACUGGGUCGGGCGCUGCUGCUGCGCUUCGCGGCCAAGUCCGGCCCGAUCUCAGGCUUGGGAAGACCCGGCCCCGCGGCAGCCUGGGGCCGCAGAGAGCGCCCGGGCUGGGCGGCAGGCCCCAGAACACAGCCAGGCCAGCUCGGGCUCCCCCUUCCCGAUCGCUACCGCUUCUUUCGCCAGUCGGUGGCUGGGCUGGCGGCGCGGAUCCAGCGGCAGUUCGUGGUGCGGGCCCGGGGCGGGGCUGGUCCUUGCGGCCGAGCAGUCUUCUUGGCCUUCGGGCUGGGGCUGGGGCUGAUCGAGGAGAAGCAGGCGGAGGGCCGGCGGGCCGCCUCAGCCUGUCAGGAGAUCCAGGCAAUUUUUACACAGAAGAACAAGCUGGUGUCUGACCCACUGGACACGAGGCACUGGCACGGCUUCCGUCUGGAGGAGUAUCUGAUAGGACAGUCCAUUGGCAAGGGCUGCAGUGCUGCUGUGUACGAAGCCACCAUGCCCACUUUGCCCCAGCACCUCGAGAAGGCCAAGUGUAUUAGCCUUCUAAGAAAAGGCCCGGAUGUCCUCCCAAAGGUAGCAGAUGGGGAGCGGGCCCCAAGGGCCCCAGCCUUUCCCUUUGCCAUCAAGAUGAUGUGGAAUAUCUCGGCGGGUUCCUCCAGUGAAGCCAUCUUAAGCAGAAUGAGCCAGGAGCUGGUCCCAGCAAGCCGGGUGGCCUUGGAUGGAGAGUAUGGAGAAGUUACUUACAGAUCCAGAGGCGGUCCCAAGCGGCUUGCCCCACACCCCAACAUCAUCCGGGUUUUCCGCGCCUUCACUUCAUCUGUGCCCCUGCUGCCAGGGGCCCUGGCUGACUACCCUCAUGUGCUGCCACCCAGAUUCCACCCAGAGGGCCUGGGCCACAGCCGCACACUAUUCCUCGUUAUGAAGAACUACCCUUGUACCCUGCGCCAGUACCUUCAGGAGCACACUCCCAGUCCCCGAUUGGCUACCAUGAUGACCUUGCAGUUACUGGAGGGCGUGGACCACCUGGUUCAGCAGGGCAUUGCCCAUCGGGACCUCAAAUCUGACAACAUACUCGUGGAACUGGGCUCAGACAGCUGUCCCUGGCUGGUGAUCUCGGACUUUGGCUGCUGCCUGGCUGACGAGCGCAUCGGCCUGCAGUUGCCUUUCACUAGCUGGUAUGUGGACCUUGGUGGCAACGGUUCCCUGAUGGCCCCUGAGGUGUCCACAGCCCAUCCUGGCCCCAGGACAGUGAUUGACUUCAGCAAGGCUGACACCUGGGCUGUGGGAGCCAUCGCCUAUGAAAUCUUUGGGCUUGCCAAUCCCUUCUACGGCCAAGGCAGAGCCCACCUUGAGAGCCGCAGCUACCAGGAAGCUCAGCUGCCCGAGAUGCCCAAGUCGGUGCCCCCAGAUGCAAGACAGCUGGUGAGGUCACUGCUCCAGCGAGAGGCCAGCAAGAGACCUUCCGCACGUGUGGCUGCCAACGUGCUGCACUUAAGCCUCUGGGGCAAGCAUCUUCUAGCCCUGAAGAAUCUGAAACUGGACAAGAUGAUUGGCUGGCUCCUCCAGCAAUCAGCAGCCACUCUGCUGGCUGACAGGCUGAUGGAGAAGAGCUGCGCGGAAACAAAGCUGCAGGUGCUGUUCCUGGCUAACCUGGAGUGUGAGGCCCUCUGCCAGGCAGCCCUCCUCCUCCGCUCCUGGAGGGCAGCCCCGUGAUAGCUCUGUGCUGUAGUUACUAAAAGACUCGGGGCAUCUGUGUGGUGAUGUCCUGAUGGUGUGAAAGUCGAAGGAGGUGGCUUGGCUGGUGGGUGGGAGUCGGGACAAGCUGAAGUGGAGGGGCAGGUGAGCCAGAGAGGAAGCCUUAGGUUCAGCAGAUGGAGAGCAGCCUCGAACAGCUCACACUAUACAUCCACUAGCUGUGCGGGUUUGAAUAAAUCCUAUGGCCCAUCCCACUUAAGUUCUCUCACAGAACAGUUCAAAUCCGGAGUUGGCAAGCUAUAGAAGGCAGACAGGAAAUUAAGUAGUUGCAAUGACUCACCUGUCACCAAGGCAAAAGGACAAUUACAGCAGCAGGAUAGACACUGAAAUUUGGUUGUCAGUAAAUUCUUUUCAUCUUUUCCCCAGCCACUUAGAAAUGCAGAAAGCUGGCCAGGUAGUGGUGGCGCACACCUUUAUUCCCAGCACUUGGGAGACAGAGGCAGACAGAUCUUUGUGAAUUUGAGGCCAGCCUGAUCUACAGUAUGAGUUCCAGGACUACACAGAGAAGCAUUAUUUCAAAAAACAAAAACAAAAAAAUCCAUGUUUAGUGACAGGACAGCAUGGCUCACAGGUGCAUUUCCCAAUCCCUAAGCUGGAAGCAUUCACAAUGCCUGACUCUAGACAUACUCACUGAUCACUAAAGACAAAGUAUCCAUGCUAAAGACAGUGUGAGGCUGAGCCCUGUGCAUUCACUGAAGUAGUGUGUUCUCCCUACCAAGGGAAAAUCCCUCACUCGGUGCCACUGCUGACCAGAAAACAGCCCCUCCCCUUGCUGUCCUCAGUACAGUCAUGGCUGUGCUGGUAGACAAGAUGGCUGAGGGGGUCAGACCUGUAGUCCACCACUGAGAUCCAAGACAAGGCAGUGGGUAGCAGUUGGUGAUGUCUGUCCCUAGUGCCAGGAAAGGGCUUUUUGUCUGAUGAAAGUAACCACCAUGUUGCUUGGAAUGUGCUACCUAGGCUAUGGGCAACUUAUGUGCAGGACAUGUUUGUGUUCAGAGAGCAGCAGGAAACCAUGCUCUAACAGUGGGGUGUCUGCCAGGCUGUCGAGAAACGCCUGGGAGUGUGUCUGGAUUUACCCAGCACAGCUGAACCAAUCUGUGCACAACAGCUAACAGUGAGGCAUGCUGGCUGGACAUGUGUCUUGAUAGGAGCUGUCAAAUAUUAAACACAAAUUUACAAUGCA